AUGAGUGCUGAAACGGAGGAAAAUGUAAUUUAUUUAAACCCUGGAGUGUUUCAUAUCCUGGGUUUUCUAUGUUUUAGAAUGCCCCCUAAGCGUAAAAAAGUUGGACGACCUCCUGGUUCUAAAAACAAAAAAACUCUUUUAGCAAAACAUAAGAAAAAGGUGCCAAAAAAAGCAGUGGACUCAGAUAUUAUUGUUAAGCCUGCAUUCAGUUGUAAAGAAUGUAAGAAGAAGUUCAGAUUUAGAGAAAGCUAUAAAGCACAUUUACAGAAUGAACAUUCCAAAGCUCCUGGUAGUAUUCCAUGUCAUCUCUGCCCUGUAACCUGUCCAGACAAAGAAACUUUAAUGAAACAUAUUGAUAAUUAUCAUGAGAGGGAAUCACAUGUAUGUCCCAAUUGCAACAAAGAAUUCACCCGUCGUUCUCAUGUCAUGAGACACAUGAAUCAAAGGGGAUGUGGUGGAAGAAUUUCCAUUCACUUUUGUGAAAUUUGUAAUGCCACUUUUACUAGGAAAGACAACUUAAUGGUACAUUUACGAUUGCAACAUAUUGCUAGAGAUCAGUUCACAUGUAAACACUGCAUGUACCAUACUAAAAAUUUCUCAAAAUUAAUCAUUCAUGUGCAGAAAAAUCAUUCAGAAAAACCACUUCAAUUUGAAUGUGAUCAUUGUGGAAAAGUAACGGGCUCCAGAGCAGCAAUAACAAAACAUUUAGAAAUACAUGGGGAGAAGAAAUUUAAAUGUGAUGUGUGUGGUUAUGCGACAUUUACUCUGGAAGUAUUACGCCGUCAUAUAUUUACUCAUGUGGAGGAUAAGCCGCACAAGUGCUUCAUUUGCGGAUGUUCCUAUAUCCAGCGGGUGCAACUAAAUCGCCAUAUGGAAAAGCAUACUGGACACAUUUGCUUAGAGUGCGGCAAGGGCUUCCCGAACAAAACUGGAUUAAUAAUUCACGUAAGAGAACAUAAGGGGCUCCAGAAACUAUUUUGUCCCUUUGAAAACUGUUCGUACUCAAAAAAAGAAUUUGUCAAUUCAAAUAGUCUUAAAGCUCACGUUAAAAUACAUUUGGAAGAAAGAUCGUACGAGUGCGAAGUGUGCCUGAAGCGGUUCCACAGAGAGGCGUACAUGCGCAAGCACGUACUGACACACACGCUGGAGCGGCCUCGGCGCUGUAUGUACUGCGUGGCGGCGCGCGCCUACGUGCGCGGCGAGCAGCUGCUGCGCCACGUGCGCCUGCACCACACCGCCGUGUUCCGCGACCACCUCACGCACGUGCGCCAAGUGCUCGUAUGUAGUACUCUGUAUUGUAACAUGUCCAUGUGUCGCCACGUGCGCAUGCAACACACCGCCGUGUUCCGCGACCACCUCACGCACGUGCGCCAAGUGCUCGUAUGUAGUCCUUUGUAUUGUAACAUGUCCAUGUGUCGCCACGUACGCAUGCAACACACCGCCGUGUUCCGCGACCACCUCACGCACGUGCGCCAAGUGCUGGUAUGUAGUCCUUUGUAUUGUAACACGUCCAUGUGUCGCCACGUGCGCCUGCACCACACCGCCGUGUUCCGCGACCACCUCACGCACGUGCGCCAAGUGCUCGUAUGUAGUACUUUGUAUUGUAACACGUCCAUGUGUCGCCACGUGCGCCUGCACCACACCGCCGUGUUCCGCGACCACCUCACGCACGUGCGCCAAGUGCUCGGUUUGAACAUAGGAACAGAAAGGGUCUCAAAGUCGGAGUUGGACGCGAUUCUGAAUGUAUUAGAUGCAGAAUCGGAGCGCAUUUUAGAAGGAUAUGGGACGGGUGUCCUGUACGGUGGCAUGAUGGAGCAAGAUGAAUCUAUAAACGAUGAAACAACAGUUAUUUUAAAGAGUGAAGAUAAUCCAUUAAUGUCAGAGGAAGAACUUGCAGAAAGCCUCAAAAAGUUACUUGAACAGCUUAUUGAUAAGAAGACCCUCGAUGUGUUCGGCUGGCCAGACGAAACUGUUGACACGAUGUUGGAAAAAGUAAUAGAACAUUGCGGAGCCCGCGCCGCGGAUCGCGACAAGUGGACCAGAGUGCAGCGCCUGCGAGAAAACGCCAAGCAUUUAUUCGUCUACGUCAUUGAGGAUAAAAACAUCACCCGCAUGCUUGACACGCAUACCAUUGAUCAAAUCAUAAAACAUAUUCUAGCGCAAGUUGCUAGUGACAACAAUGGUGCCAUUUAA